UCGCAGCGAGGAGGCUACGAAGAUUACGAUGCUAUGUCGAUGUCGAUGUUAUGUGCUCCAAAACACCACUGGAAGGCACACAGCCACUCACAGAGGACCCGGACUACAUGGGAACAUUUCUCCUGUGGGACCAAUUACACACCGACAUGACACAUUUGGAUGUCUAAACUAAAAAAGCGGCUCCUCUCCUUCCCUUGGAUUCCAAAGCAUACAUUUUAUUGUGGGGCUGUGCAUUGACUCUCACCAAUGACCGUCACUUACACGGCCAGGGUGGCAAAUGCUCGCUUCUGUGGAUUCUCCAAGUUGCUUUUGGUGUGGAAAGGAAGCAUCUACAAGGUGCUGUAUAAGGAGUUCCUGGCGUUCUUUGCUAUGUACACGGCCAUUAGCAUCACGUACAGAUUCUUACUACCUGAUGAUCAGAAGAGAUAUUUUGAGAAGCUUGCAAUUUAUUGCAACCACUACGCCAGUCUCAUACCGAUGUCCUUUGUACUAGGUUUCUACGUGACACUAGUGGUGAACCGCUGGUGGAAUCAGUACACCAGCAUCCCGCUACCCGAUCAGCUCAUGUGUGUCCUCUCGGGGGGCCUCCAGGGCAGUGAUGAGCGGGGACGCCUUCUCAGGCGCACCAUGAUGCGCUACGCCAGUCUGUCCGCUUUGCUCAUUUUGAGAUCUGUCAGCACGGCCGUGUUCAAGCGCUUCCCCACCGUGGACCACGUGGUGGAGGCAGGAUUCAUGACCAGAGAGGAGCGCAAGAAAUUCGAAGGCCUCCAUUCUCCUUAUAAUAAAUACUGGAUCCCUUGUGUGUGGUUCACCAAUCUGGCUGCUGUGGCCCGCUGUGAGGGCCGCAUCAAGGAUGACCAUACACUGAAACUGCUACUGGAGGAGCUGAAUGUGUUCCGGGGAAAAUGCAGCAUGCUGUUUCAUUAUGACAUGAUCAGUGUUCCUCUGGUCUACACCCAGGUGGUGACUUUGGCCGUGUACAGUUUUUUCCUGGUGUGUCUAAUCGGUCGUCAGUUCCUGGAUCCGGAUCAAGGUUAUUCAGGACAUGACCUUGACCUCUAUGUGCCGAUCUUCACUUUACUCCAAUUCUUUUUUUACGCUGGAUGGCUCAAGGUUGCAGAGCAGCUGAUCAACCCCUUUGGAGAAGAUGACGAUGACUUUGAGACAAAUUGGUUGAUUGACAGGAAUUUCCAGGUGUCCAUGAUGGCGGUGGAUGAGAUGUACGGAGAUCUGCCCAUGAUGGAACGAGACCGCUACUGGAAUGAUUCCAACCCUAGACCCCCCUACACGGCCGCAACCCUUUUCGUCCUUCGCAAGCCCUCCUUUCAGGGUUCUACUUUUGACAUGGCGAUUCCCAAAGAGGAGAUGCACUUCCAGCCCCUGGAGGAGAUAGCGGAGAACAUCGAGGAGUCAGUGAGCCGUCACCCAAACAUGGCUCUCUUCAACCGACUCCUUAAUGCGGCUCCGUCGCCCGGCGGCCUCAUGAGCGGAGCUCUGCGCCGCACCUCGGCUCAGCUGCAGCAGCUCCAUCACUCCCCCAGCAUCGACCAGUGCAUCAGCGACGAUGAUGACAGUGAAAGUUGUAAGAUAGGUAAAGGGGGGUCUUUGCCGUCUGGGUUGGGGCAAGACACCCAAAGCACUAUUUGCAGUUUCAGGGAGGAAAAAAUUGCCAGAGUCCCUCUGCUGGAUAUUCAGUUUGAUGGACAAGACGCAGACGCCAUCAGCCAGACGGAUCAUAGAAAAUACGGACAACGGGUGGAAGAUGCAAAGGAGGAGGAAGAAGAAAUGCCGGACAUCCAGCCUCCUGUGUCGCUCCUUCCUCCUCCUCCUCCUCCUCCUCCUCCUCCUCCUAUCUCGAGAGAAACUCGACCAGCCUCCACCAUUCCAAUUACCCCCCAACACCCCUCUGCUUUCCUAUUUAACCCCUCUUCCACUCACCUGGAGCACUGCAGCUCCCAGCCUAUUAUCAACCACCACAGAGCUGCACCCGCCAUCGCCAAACCUUCUUUGUGUCAGCACAACAUCUCCUUUCUCGCCGUGCCAUCUUUUGAGCCCCAGCGCUUCCGAAGUGUCAGCAUGGGAUCGGAGCUGACUGGGACUUAGCUGCACAACACUUGAAAUUUGCUACUAUAAUUUGCUACUAUAAUGCUGGAUUCAGUGCACCUGAAAUGAAUCAUAUACAGUGGAU